AUGAUUGGCAAACGAGCGUACGGAUUACCUUAUGGUAUGUUAUCAGCGCCACCCGUGGACACCCGCAAUAACAGAGGAGUUACGAGUAAAGGUAGAGAAAAGCGCUGCGAGAGCGCGCGGAGGGUGCUAGCGGCGAGCGCGAGCGACGAUCCGAGUAGCGAGCGCGAGCGGCGGCUCGAGCGACAGGCACGAGCGGCGCGGGUGCACGCGAGGGGCGGAAUGAACCGAGCGAGCGAGGGUUGUGGAGAGCGUGUCGACCGCUCCGCGUACAAGGCAAGCGACCGUCUGCCUCGACCUCACGAUCCAAACUGCUUAUCGACCUCCCCUCGCGCGCACACCGAUCCCGCCCGCCCAAUACGCCACCGCGCCCGCCUACCGCACAACGUUGCCGAAAUUGUGAGGAGGCUUUGA